CGGUUGGCUGACUGAGCUCCUCACGGGCCCCUCCCGGGCAGGUUUAUCUUAAAGACUCUGGCGGCCGCUUCUUCACAACUUGCCCUAGGUCCUUACUUGGCAGCGAUGCGGUUCCUGGCCGCUGCGUUCCUGAUGCUCCUGGCGCUCAGCGCCGCUUCGCUAGCUGAGCCGGUGUUCUUCAAGGACUGCGGGUCUGUGGUCGGAGUUAUAAAGGAAGUGAAUGUAAGCCCAUGCCCCACCCAGCCAUGUCGCCUGCUCAAAGGACAGUCUUACAGUGUCAAUGUCACCUUCACCAGCAAUACGUAUUCCAAAAAUAGCACAGCCUUGGUGCAUGGCAUUGUGAUGGGCCUCCCAGUUCCCUUUCAUAUUCCUGAGCCUGAUGGUUGUAAGAGUGGAAUCGACUGCCCCAUCCAAAAAGACAAGACCUAUUACUACCUGAAUAAACUACCAGUGAAGAACGAAUACCCCACUAUAAAACUGGUGGUGGAGUGGGAACUUCUGGAUGACAAAGGACAGCAUCUCUUCUGCUGGAAAAUCCCAUUAGAGAUCAUAUCCUAGAGAUAUUUGAUGCCAAUAUGUCUGUGUGGGCGUGAGAGGGCACAGGUGGGGGGAGGGGAGGAAAUAGAGAAGAAAUCAAGUCUGAAACUAAAUCAGUACCAUAAGAUGGAAGGAAUUUCCAAACUGCUGUUUUAUGCCUCUCAACCUCCAAAAGCAUCCAAGACCCUGUUUUCUGAGAACUCAAAACUCUUUGCCUUAUGACACCUUUUGUAAAAGGGUUGAAGGAAAAAAGAAAGGUGAGACUGUAGGACUAAGGGAUGGGUUAAUUGUCUCCAGUGUUCUUUGCAGUCGUAAUUGGGAGGGUGCAACCAGACGGGACCUGAGGAGAUUGCUUAGGGAUAUCAGAUAACUUGCCCUAGGGUUGUUAGCCCUUACAUUGGAGGACGGAUCCAAACCACAUCUCUCCAGUUGGGAUACUACAGCUACAAAUUCUUCAUCUUCAAGUGCCUCGUUGGGGUCAGUGCAUCUGGCCAAGUCAGCACCUCCAGCUCCGUUGUUUCAACAGCCGUGACUUGCUCUCUAAUGGUGUCCAGCGUUUUAUUGGAGGGGAGGUUGUACGACAGAAAUUCAACUCUGGAUGGCUGGUUCUCUGUGGUUAUCUCAUGUCUCCUUUUCUCUCUUAGAUGGUUUUUUGAGUUCAGUGCUUGGUUAGUAGAUACUUGAUUUAACAACAUUAACUUGUGGCCUCUUUAUGCACCUAGAAAUGUACCUUUGAAUAAAAACUUGUCAGUCCUGUC